CUCCAUGUGAGCUUUUGACUUUCCUUCUGUGUUUAGGACAACAUUCUGAAACAAUGGAGAAGGAUAAUAGUACCAAGAAGAGUCUCUCAGAAGUACUUGAUCUCCGGCAACUCAGGCACACGAAUUCCCCGGUAUUCUCUACCGUCAUUUUCGCUGUCAUAAUGCUGCUCGUUGUCGCGGGAACAAUCCUCUCAAACAUGUCUCUAGAAUCAACUUUCUUCUGGUCUUCACCGACCUCUCAGGUAAUACAAAUGAACAGAAUGGAGAGAAAGCCAUUGGCUCCUCCAAAUAACAGUACAAGCAGAGACAGGAUCGCUUGGCUUCGAUCACAUCUAACAGAAUUCGAGGUUUUCAGGUCAACCAACCUUUCAAAGCAGUUUCAUCAGAGGGUUGUUGACUCUCUCGACGACAAAUGUGAGGUUAGAUUCUUCAUGACAUGGUUUUCACCAGCAGAGUUUUUUGGCAAGAGAGAAAUUUUAGCUGUAGAAAGCGUCUUUAAAUCUCAUCCUCGAGGAUGCUUAAUGAUUGUAUCAGGAUCCUUGGAUUCUCAACAAGGAGAUAGCAUCCUAAAACCGCUAAUUGAUCGCGGUUACAAGGUUUUUGCAGCCACACCAGACAUUUCAUUGCUUCUUGAGAACACACCAGCUAAAUCUUGGUUUCAAGAAAUGAAAAGCUUCAAAAGAGAUCCAGGAAGGAUACCGUUACACCAGAAUCUUUCAAACCUCGCGAGGCUAGCGAUUCUGUACAAGUACGGAGGUGUGUACCUAGAUACCGAUUUCAUCGUCACAAGAAGCUUUAAAGGGUUGAGGAAUUCAAUAGGAGUGCAAACAUUACUGGAGGGAGAUUCAAAGAACUGGAAAACGUUGAACAACGCGGUUCUGAUCUUCGAAAAACAUCACCCGCUUGUUUACAGUUUCAUGGAGGAGUUUGCUUCGACUUUUGACGGGAACAAAUGGGGACACAAUGGUCCUUGCUUGGUAACAAGAGUAGUGCAAAGAGCAAGAGAAACGAUUGGGGAUAAUUUUACAGUACUGCCACCAGUAGCAUUCUAUCCAUUCAAUUGGUUAGACAUUCCGAGACUGUUUCAAACGCCAAAGAGCAGCAAUGACUCGAUAAUACUCAAAACCGAUCUGGUGAAGCUGAACAGAGAAAGCUACGGGCUGCAUCUAUGGAACAAGUUCACCAGAAAACUUAAGAUCGGUAAGGGCAGUGUCAUAGAUAUCAUAGUUUCAGACCACUGUGUUGUUUGCAGAGGAAUUCAGAGAUGACAGGAAAUCAAAUAGGUGUGUUUGU